AUGCUACUGCGGUUUAUGUCAUGGGGUUUCGUCGUUGCUUUUGUGGUGACUUCAGCGACGGUAUCAGCUAAGAAUGCGACCACGGCGAGUACAACGUUUCCAACCAAGUCGGGGAUCCGGGCGUGGGUCGACCCCGAGACGCCUGAUGAUCGUCAGACGUACGUCAGCUCUCGAGGACGGACGUGGGACCUCGUCAUGAGUGUCGAGUUCAACACGCUCAAUCGCAGCUUCCGACCGGGCGACGACCACAUCUGGACAUCUCUUGAAAAGCCCGACGGAGUCAACGGAGCCAUGGAGCUGUACUUACAUAACAUGACGUCUACAAUGUGCGACGACGACGGAACGUGCUUCUUCUACAUCAAGGCUGUAGACGAAGUGAACGUCAUUCAUGUGUACAACAUGUACACGCACCCUCCCGGAUAUGUGGAUGCCUACUUUUUCUAUCGAGCGGCGAUGGUCCAGUCCUGGAAUAAGUUCUGCUUUCAAGGUGGCAUGUUGGAUGUGCGCGCUCAGCUUCCUGGGGCUGUAACUGAAGCGUCUGGAAACCCGGACCUGGCGUUAGGGAAAAACGGCAAGGUCAAGACGACCAAGUACUACCCGACGUGGCCUGGAAUCUGGAUGAUGGGGAAUCUUGGUCGAGCCAUCUUUUCAGCAUCGACAAACCGAAUGUGGCCGUUCUCCUACGAUCGAUGUGAGCUGGACGUGUUUGACCCGGCCAACCAGCGCAUCAGUGCAUGUGACGACAACCCUGGCUACGGUUUGAACCCGAAUCAAGGUCGUGGUGCGCCUGAGAUCGAUCUGCUCGAAGGAGGUGGUCUCGCUGUGUCGUCGUCACUGCAGAUUGCCCCCGGAAUGCCGGAUGACUACCGUCUUUUCCCUGUGGACACCUCAGCCGGAGACAACUUGUACUGCGUUUACGGCUAUAGCUGCACUACUCCUGGCGCCAACUAUAUCGAUGUCCCGACGGCAUUUUACGAAAAGGAACGUGGCCACAAGUCGUGGUACCAAGGCCUUCGGUAUGCGUCAAACAACUUCUGCCAACCAGACGCUGACGCCAAACAGAACUACGCCUCGGUCACUGCGUCACUCAAGAAAGGAAUCACAGAGAACUCAUGUACAGCGUCUACAUGUCCAGCUUCGGGUGAUGUGGACGCUGACAUCGGACUGAUCGACGACAACGGAGGAAACCACUGGGGGAUGAACACGAAUGGCACGUGCUACCCGCUUUGUGCUCUGCCUCGUAACGCGAGUACCACGCCCAAGUCGAAUGCCAUGAGCUCAUUCAACUACCAGAUGGACGCUAUAUCGUCGAACUGGCCCGGGCACCUUGGCGCGUACACUGGCUAUGCUGAGUACCAGAUUGAGUGGGUUACCGGCAAGAAUGGCUACGUACCUCAGAACUCGAACAAGACCAACCCACAGAAGGUGAUGCUGGAAGAGCCCAUGUCCCUUAUUCUCAACGUGGCGUUGUCGAGUUCGUGGAGCGCUACACCUCCGAACCCUGGCAAGGAAUGCCGCGGAGACGGCAAAGACCCCGUCACCAACAAGAUCUGUGACUCGUUCCCGAAGUACCUCAAGAUCGACUACAUGCGGCUGUACCAGGACUUGGGUGAUGAUGUCGACGCGGACAACUACAUGCAGGUUGGUUGUGACCCGAAGAGCCACCCGACCAAAAAGUGGAUCGAGGCGCAUAUCGACGAGUACGAAGACGACGACAACCGCCACAAAGACGUGGCUGGGAAGGCCUUCUGCACCGUCGACGAUGACUGCACGAUCGGCGGAAAUCUCGGCAAGACAGCGCUGAAGACAGGCAAGUGUGUGAAGAAGCGAUGCCAGUGCACGUUCUCGUCGUCAUGGGGCGGACCGCAAUGCACAACGGCCAUUUCGAGCUCGACAAGCUCAAGUUCGAGUUCAGUGUCUAAGAGCUCCUAUGGUACCCCCAUGGGGCUGUCGAUCGGCAUGGCGGCUGUUAUUCUGUUCUUGUCCUUCAUCUCGGUGUAUUGGUCCAUCUUCAUGGUGGACAACUACAGCCAGAACUUUGUCUAA